AACAUUGAAUCGAUGAGACGGCAUUUAAUUUUAUUAUGUUUUUAUUCAUAGUGAUAUAUAUGAUAGCAUUCCAAAAACUUGAUAAAACUGCUGCAGCCCAGAUCAAACUCAACACAUGAAAAUGAGUACGACGGGCAUGUGUCGUUUCUGGACACUCUUGUUUUUGACAUGUAUAGCUAUCGUUAUAUAUGAUGAAAACAUGUUUGUGUGUGGGCGCAAGCAUUCGGGCCGUCGAAGCACAGAAAGUGUUAGUAGCGAAACUUCGGAUUCUUUAAAAAGAAAUGAACGGCACAAGCAAUCUCGAAGCGAUAAGAAUAAAAGUGUCACUGGAGAUUCAAGAAAACAAUAUUUCACGUCUAAGGACGAAAUAAUAGUAAAACUACAGAAAGGAAAAUACCGCGGAAGACUCACAGAAGUUUUGUCUAAUACCAAAAUAGCAACAUUUUUAGGCAUGAGAUACGCUGAGGCUCCGAAAAAUGAAAUGCGGUUCAAGAAGCCUGUUCCCGUCAAUAAAUGGAAUGGAAUACGCGAUGCACAGGAAUAUGGAAGUACUUGUUAUCAAUGGCGUGACAACACUUUUGAACCAGGUUACCCUGGUACUGAAAUGUGGAAUGCUAACACCCCGCUCAGCGAAGAUUGUUUAUUCAUGAAUGUUUGGGCUCCCGUCAGUCCUGACUUUUCUGGAAGGAGACUAACAGCUGGUGAAUCUCUUUUGCCAGUGAUGAUCUGGAUUUACGGCGGAGGAUUUUACAGCGGUACUGCUUCCCUUGACGUAUACGACGGAAAAUGGUUAGCUGCCUCAGAACAAGUUGUCGUUGUAUCAAUGAACUACAGAAUAGCAGCUUUUGGGUUUUUAGCGUUUGGAUCUGAAGACGCACCUGGCAACCAAGGCCUGUGGGACCAAAAUCUCGCGAUUCGUUGGGUUCAUGAAAAUAUUCAUCACUUCGGUGGGGAUGCAUCUCGAAUUACCUUGUUUGGCGAGAGUGCAGGUGCUGCCAGUGUAUCUAUGCAUAUGUUAUCGGAACAUUCUGAGGGAUUAUUUCAGAACGUCAUAUUAGAAAGUGCUUCGGCAUUCAGUCCUUGGGCAAUUCUUCCAACAGACGUCAUGCACAAAAGGGCGGAAAUGCUGGCCGAGAAGUUGGGUUGUAAUAAGCGCACAGAAAACGAAACAGAAAAAAAGGAUUCAGAUCUCAAAAAGGAAAUAAUGCAAUGUCUGUACCAAGAAGACCCGCAGACUUUGGUUGACGUUGAAAUUGGAAUGGAAGAUCUUGGAACGGCCAAGUUUCAAAAUGCUGCAAUUGUUGACAAUGAUUUUCUUACAGAAAGUAGAAUUGAAGAUCUUAAAAGUGGAAAGUUUGUUACCGAUGUCAAUAUUCUUGCCGGAUUUAAUGCAAAUGAAGGAAAUUACUUUUUAGUCUAUAGCACGGAAGGAUUCACAGAUAUUCACAACAACAAACCCAUUACGUACGAUCAAUAUCGUUACGGUUUGAAGAAGGGCUUAUGGGGAUAUCCAUGGAUUCCUCUGAACAAGAUGGGAACGCAUGAUAAAAACUAUUCCGAUAUUAUUUUGGACGCAAUCGAUUUUGAAUAUGCAGAUUUUGGUGUGUCUCUUACUGAUCGCGCCCGGUGUCGCAAUGCAAAAACAAAAUGCGCGACAGACAGCUUGGAAAAACAAUCUCAGAAUAACUACAAACUCAUUCUGGAUCACAUUGUUGGCGACAUCAACUUCGUUUGUCCUCUAAUUCAGGUAAUGAAAAAAACGAAAAUUGUACCACCUGGGGGCGUACCAGAAGAUUCAGAGACUGAAGACAUGUUUUCGGGUGACGAUGAAAAAAUAAAUAAUAAAAAUCAGCCAGGAAAAUACAUGUAUAGCUUUUCACACCGCAGUACAAAAACGCCUUGGCCUGAAUGGAUGGGUACUUUACAUGGAUAUGAAAUAGAAUUUGCUUUCGGACUACCUCUGGAUAAAACACUAAACUACACCGAACAAGAAACUGUGCUUGCAAAGAAAAUGAUGAAAUAUUGGGCAAAUUUUGCCAAAUCUGGAAAUCCAAACCUGCCCGUGCAUAAAAAAUCUUCCUCCGAAAACAUUCUUCUUCCAAAUUGGCCGGUUUACAACGAAGACACUGAAGCAUCAUUGGUUUUCAAUAUCGAACCCACAGAAGCAUUUAGCAGCGAGAGGAAAGCUGUCAACUAUGUUGAAUACGAAACGAAAUCACGACAUUGCAGUUUUUGGCAUGACUACUAUCCAACUAUGAGGAAGGCUGUCAAAAAAUUAGGUUCAUCAAAGUGCACACAAGCAUCUGAAGUAAGCUCUGGAGGAAAUUUUGCCAGCAGGCCAUCGACUGCAACAACUUCGAUUAGUUUGUGUAUCUUGGUAACACUCGGACUUCUAUCAUAUACUUUGUAAUUACACUCGAAAAACGUAACAAAAGUUCUAAAUUCCAUUGUGAAAAUAUUAUUUAGUAAAUUUUUUUUUUUGCUUGCCCAAAGAACUUAACAUCCAAUCACAAGUUCCAUUGUGCGUGGGUUGGACUAAUUUUACGCAAAAUGUACGUUGCAAAUCAGACAUGCCAUGAGUACGGGCUAAUAAUGGAUUUGUCCUAUAGGACAUAAAUGAAUGUGCCCAAAAUCAGGUGCCGAAUAAAUUGGUAUCAAUUAGGUUUUGUCAAUCAGGAAAAGCAGUGUCUCAUUUAAUAUUUUACAUAAGUUUUUGUUGUAACAAAAUAUACUUAUAAGAUUUAUUUGUAAAAAUAUUAACCUUGGCUUUGUUGCCGCGUCAGAUUUCUGACAACAUUGAAUUUUCUCGUUUCCCACGAAAAAAUUUAAAGAAAGUGUUAAUGAUAAGACCACUAAUUUCUCCCGUAAAACUAUUUUUAUGGAUUUCUAUAAUGGUCAAAGAUUUGUUUUGGAAGGAACUGAGAAAGAGUAUAAGAAUUGAACGAAAAUAUUCUGUUACGUAUUAUUCAAGUAUUAAAUUAUCCAAUAUGAUAUUUUUUAUUCAAGACAGAACUAGUAGGAUUAAAAUAAAAUGUAUUUUCCAGUUAUUAAAUUUUACAAGAUUGAAAAUACUCAUUUAUACUGAUUCGAUUUUUCCCGACAAAAUCAAUGCAAAUGAGGUAAUGAAUCACUAACCUCGAAGUCAUGCCGCAAUUGCCUCAAUUCAGCUUCUAAUGUUACCAAUGUUUUAAAAAAAUCCACAACAUUUACUUAUUUUCUGUGAAAUUUAAAUUUAUUGUACGAUAUCGCCACCAUAUCACCUACUCCUCACCACCAAAUAAUGAAUAUCCCAAUCAAGCUGCAAUCUAAUCAUGGUCAGACAAGCGAAAUGUCGCUAAGUCGCAAUUAAGGCUGUGGCGGCAGAAAUUGAAAAACUGAGUUUUUAAAGCUUAAAACUCAAAGCAUACUAUGAGACGAUGGGUUUUCCUUAUUUUUUUUAUUCAAAGAAAGAUCGAUUCAGGCCAAACAAUGUUCAUUUGUCAAAUCCGUUCUGUCGGCGUCUCUUACCCGAUUAGUAAUGAUUAAUAGAUCGAAGAUUACCAACCAAUGCAGAAGAAGCAAACCAAUGCUGAAAAGUAGUUUGCUCGCCAGAGAAACACGGGUUCUGUUGCACCUAUAUAUCAUAUAUACCAAAUUUUUUUUUGUAAAGUUAGAUUAGGUUGGCCAGUUGAUCUGUAAAUAACUUUACUUCUAAAAAUGUACACAAGCGAUAUAGAAUGAUAUGUCACGAUGUUUAUCCGUCGACUGUGUAACAGGCUAUCUAUACGUUUCAAAAUUAUAUUGAAUAUUGUUAAACAUGUAACCUCAUCUUAUAUACUAAAUAGGCAAUCUCGUCUAAGAUAGUCCCAGGUGUUAAGAGACUUGAUUUAUAAUCAUUUACAUUUUUUGGGCGAUAUUUUUUGUUUUGUAUUCAUUUUUGCAUGAUCUAUUAGUUUGAUCAUAUUUUACUAUCUUAAAUCUUAUGUCAAUACUCAGAAGACGACUUUAUUUCUUCGCCUACCAUUGUUAUUUUUGUUUGUUAUUAUUUUAGUAAAUUGUUGAUAUUAUGAUAUACACGUAUACCUUAUAAUUUUACUCAUAUUUUAUUAUAAAUCAUCAAUACACAAAUCUUCUGUAU